GCGACGUUGAACUGCUUCAUCAACCGAUCGCCUACCUGACAGAUUAGCGCCUCGUUCAUCACUCUUAUUUCAAAUGGUAGCGAUGUCUAACGCCGACUCGAGAGCUUCAGAGCCUGAGCUGCCAACAUAUGUGCUGGAUCCAAACUUGUACGACCCCACACGAGAGGAAAUAGAUUUUCUCAAGAGCCAAACAGGGAUAACGGAUGAAGAGGAACUCAAACAACAUGUCUUGGCUGUGCAGAAAGAGGCGUGGGCUGUUUUCACCUACAGAUGUAUUCAGGCAUUUGGAUUCAUCACGCUUAAAAUAUCCCAUUUGCCUGCGUACCAAGAUCUUCUGAAGUUGGGCAAGGAAAGGCCUGGUGCCAUCUUCCUGGACUUAGCUUGCUGUUUUGGAAAUGAUAUCCGCAAGGCAAUUGCAGAUGGUUAUCCCAAGGAAAACUCGAUUGCCUCGGACCUAGAAGGAGCGUUCUGGGGACUAGGGAACAAACUGUAUCGAACAACCGAGGAGACCUUUCCGGUUCCUUUUGUCCAAGGAAACGUAUUCGAUGCAGAGCAUAUAGCACCUGCUCCACCACACUAUUCAUCACCUACCACGCCACGUCCAGUGCUUUCCUCGCUUACCUCUCUGACGCCUCUCCAAGGACAUGUGUCAGCACUUCACGUCGCCGCAUUUUUCCAUCUGUUUGGGAAGGAGGAACAAAUUACAGCUGCGCAUCGACUUGCGUCAUUGCUUUCUCCCGUUCCUGGUUCAAUGAUCUUCGGAACGCAUACAACGAGAACUGUGUCAGGGGAGCGCAUUGCUGCCGUGCGCCACGAAAAGGUGUACUGCUUCAAUCCCGAGGAUUGGUGCGCUCUUUGGGAUGGGGAAGCUUUUAGAAAGGGAAGUGUUCUUACUGAAGCAACGAUUGUGGAUGAUUUUCCAUGGGUUGGGAAAGGGUUUGGCUCGGAUAUCGAGAAGGUCAGAAGGGCCACUAUGGUGUGGAGCGUAAAGAGAAUUUGAGUUUGAACUAGAAGGCAACAUGUAUAUCUGACUGAAGUCUUGCAUACAUUAGUGUUUU